GACAGGAAGUCGUUCUUGUUCGUUGGUUUAGCUUUGACACACAGUACAACUGUUGCUCAGCGGAGCGUGAAUAUUACCCAACUCCAGGAGAUUUCCUGAUGUCAAAGUAGAAAAUGUUGUCCAGUCCAACGGGUUUAACUGAAUGUUUACGCGAAUGGGAGGAUUUAGAGAAGAACUACCAACAAAUUCAGGACACCCAUCGUCUAUACAAACAGAAACUUGAGGAAGUGGCCAAACUGCAAGAGAGCUGCUCUGGUGCUAUAGCACGUCAGAGGAAGAAACUGAAAGAGCUCACUGGAUCUCUAAAAGAAUGCAAAGAAAACCAUCCAUCACCCAAAUUAGGUCCAGAUGAAGUGGAUGCCAUUGCUGAAAUCGAGUACUCCAUGAAAGACAGAGCAAAUGCUUUCUCUGAGAUGGAAGCUUUUCUGCCAAAGAAGAACGGGUUAUACCUCACUCUUGUUUUAGGAAACGUCAAUGUAACACUCCUCAACAAACAGUCAAAAUUUGCCUACAAAGAUGAAUAUGAGAAAUUUAAACUGGUCCUCACGGUCAUCCUCUUCAUGUUCUCCUUCACGUGCCGCUUUUUGUUCAGCUACAGAGCCCUAGAUGCCAUGUUCAACUUCCUGUUGGUGUGGUACUACUGCACACUCACCAUCCGGGAGAGUAUCCUCAUCAGCAACGGCUCAAGGAUCAAAGGUUGGUGGGUUUUCCAUCACUAUGUGUCAACCUUCCUGUCUGGAGUCAUGCUCACUUGGCCUGAAGGUGUUCUCUACCAGAUGUUUAGGAACCAGUUCCUAACAUACUGCCUAUACCAAAUAGGCUUUGUCCAGUUUCUCCAGUACUACUACCAGAGUGGCUGUUUGUACAGACUCAGAUCUCUGGGAGAAAGACACAACAUGGACCUUACAGUCGAGGGUUUCCAGUCCUGGAUGUGGAGAGGCUUGACCUUCCUCCUUCCUUUCUUGUUCUUUGGUCAUUUCUGGCAGCUCUACAACAGCAUAACACUCUUCAGGAUGUUUCAGCUCCCAGAGUGUAAAGAGUGGCAGGUUGUGAUGUGCGGCUGCUCUUACAUGGUGCUCUUCAUGGGAAACUUCUUCACCACACUGGGAGUGGUUUACCAGAAAUACAUGAACAACCAGGACAAGUCCAAGACCUUAUAGGACUGUUAUAAUGAACAGGGCAGAAUCACCAAAAAUCCUCCUGUUUAUGGAACAGAAAAUUUGCAAAGUUACCAUAGCUCUAAUAUUCUCUUUAGAGCCCUUUAUUGAUGUUAUGAUUGUUGUCUUUGUGGACCAUUUACCUGUACUGCUACUCUUCUCAAUGUGCUUUUGAUUUUAAGUCCUUUUGAUUUUUGUGUAAAUGAUGGUCAAAGCAACAUGUUGUACAGGUAGGCCAUUGACAUUGUCACAUGGACCUGUCAAAAAAAACAACAAAAAAAAACAAUCAGCUACUUGGCAGGUCUUGCUAAGUAACACUGUAAGGUUGUUUCAGUAUGAUUUUCUGUCUUGGUCAGGUCUGAUAAAGAAGUGUUACUGAAUAAAGAAAUAAUGUUAUUUUCAUCAUAUUUAUUUAAGGAAAUCAAUAGUUUGUUACUCAGCAGCUGCUAUAUAUUUUACAGAAAGUGCUUAAUAAAACACUCCUCUAAACCCCCA